CAAUAUUCGGGGUAAAAAAAAAAUUAAAGGCUAAAAAGCUGGCCACGGGAGUAGUAUUCAGUAUUCAGUAUUCAGUAAGUAAUGAGGUUCCAGGUGGGAUCUCGUCGGAGGCGAUUCUCUCUCCAGCACGCACUCAUCGCCAUAGCAACGUUCACAGUCGUCGGAUUAUUGAUCUUAACUUUAAGGUCCGUUGAUCCAUCAACUCAACUCCCAAUCACCACCGUUAAAAAAGUAGAUGAUGAUAAGCCAGCUGAUAUGAAUCUGCAAGCGGAUGCUAAACCACUGAAAACAUGCGCUACGGUUGAGGAGAUGGGUGAGGUGUUUAGUGGUGGGUUUGAAGAGGAAAGUUAUAGAGUGAGGAAAAUUAUUCAGAAUCACUUUGCUAUUAAUGGUGCUUCGAGAGUCCGAAUGCUUCCGCCAGAGGAGUUCUGCAGGCAUGGUUUUGUGUUGGGGAAAGCAUCAGAAGCAGGUUUUGGUAAUGAGAUGUACAAAAUCUUAACUGCGGGAGCACUGAGCGUGAUGUUGAACCGGUCGUUGAUAAUUGGGCAAACCAGGGGUAGAUAUCCUUUUGAGGAUUUCAUCUCUUACUCCAAUCUUUCCUUCACAUUGAAAGAAAUCAAGCACCUUUGGAGACAGAAUGGUUGUCUGACCAAAUAUGGGAGACAUCUCGUUACCAGAACUGAUGAUUUCCAGAAGCCAGCACGAACGAAUGUUCUGUGUAGCAAUUGGAGGGCUUGGGAACAACCUAUUAUCUGGUUCCAGAAUACGACAGAUGCUGUGGCUGCUCAAUUUUUCUUGAAGAAUGUACAUGAUGAGAUGAGGGUAGCUGCUUCUAAUUUAUUUGGGAAACCAGAUGACCUUCACCAUAGGCCUAACGUAUUUGGGGAGCUAAUGAGACUCCUCAUAGCUCCAUCCGAGAAUAUUCAACAUGCUGUGAACUGGGCAUUAGGAGGUGGUGCUGACCCUGAUAUUGCUCUACACAUGCGGAUGCUUAUGAAUAGGUCCAUUAGAGCAGUUCAAGCAGCUUUCUCUUGCAUCAGAAAAUCUGUGGAAAAUCUAAAGCUGACGUCCAAACCAAAAAUAGUUUUAGUUUCAGAUAAUCCUUCUCUGGUCAAAGAUAUUGCUCCAGACUUGAAUCAGUUUGCAGAAGUUCUUCACUUUGAUUUCAAACACUUCAAAGGAAAUAUGUCUGGCAACUCACAUUUUCAUACUCUAGAUUUUAGAACAAAGGAUUGGGGUACAGCGCCAAGAUGGGUGGCGUUUGUCGAUUUCUUUCUUGCUUCACGUGCAAAACAUGCAGUUGUCUCUGGGGCUCACCGGCGUGUUGGGACUACGUUUGCUCAGCUGGUUGCAGCGUUGGCUGCAGCUAACAGCCUCGAAGAUAGAUUAUCUGCUGGAUCAAAUUUCACCUUCCUCAGUAGCUUCCAGAGUAACUUGCUUGCAGCAGGUCUAAAGAAUCAGAUUGGUUGGGGGCACGUGUGGAACCGAUUUGCUGGUACGUUAAGCUGCUACAACCAAUCUAAGCAAUGUGCUCAUACUCCAAUUCUUCCGCCUGCAUGGUGGGAUGGACUUUGGCAGUCGCCUAUUCCACGGGAUGUGCACAGAAUGGAAGCAUAUGGCAUUCGCCUCUCUGGUUUUGGGACCUUUGAUGACAAUCAGCUACGUUCUUUCUGUAGUUCGAGGAAAAAACCUGUGAUUACUAUUCCAUUAAUUUAGAUAUGUUGCUAGCUACAUUCAUUGGGAGAUUUCUCCUCGUUAGGCUGAUUUUAUUUUGGCAUUCAGCUAUUGUUUCAAAUGGAUUCUGCGCUAAUUGAACUGAUGAUUUGUGGAAUGUAUGGUGAAUGCUCUGAUUUUAAAAACUGAGUUACUGAACUUAAACUACCAACAACAUGGGAAACUGUAGUUGGCGCGCACUA